AUGAUAAAAAUUAUUUUAAAUUUAAUUAUCUUAAUUAUUAUAAAUAAUUUAUUAUCUAUUUCUGAUGAGUAUGAGUUACAAAAAAAUUCACUUAUUGAUGAAAGUAAUAUUUAUCAAAAGGAUGAUAAUUUAUUAAUUGUUAAAAGAGAUAAAAAAAAAAGUAGUAAAGACGGAAAAUCAACAACAAAGAAGAAAACUAAGACUAUUACUACUGAGCCAGUUACCGAUGAUUAUUAUGAAGAUCCCUAUAAUGAUAAUAAUCAACAGAAAAAUGAAUCUGAAGAAAGCGGAGAAAAUAAUAAUGAUAAUAAUCAACAGAAAAAUGAAUCUGAAGAAAGCGGAGAAAAUAGUAGUGAAAAUGAUAAACCAAAGAAGUCCAGCAAAAAAAAAAAAGAAAAUUCAGAAAAUGAAACUUCAAAAGCAAAAAAUAAAGAUUCAAAAAAUAAUAAAAGUUCUAAAAAUUCUAAAUUAAAAAACACUUAUAAUUUAACAGCAAAUGAAAAAGCAUUUGUAAGACAACAAUAUUAUCAGUAUUGGGAUAAUCAGGUUAACAUGAAUAAAAGUAAAAAUUAUUAUUAUCAAAAUGGUAACGCUUAUAAAAAUCGAAAUGGUAAUGCUUAUAAAAAUCGAAAUGGUAGCGCUUAUAAUAAUCGAAAUGGUAGCGCUUAUAAUAAUCGAAAUGGUAGCGUUUAUUAUAAUCAAAAUGGUAGCGCUUAUUAUUAUCAAAAUGGUAAGGAUUAUUAUGAUCCUUAUGAUGAUUAUUAUUAUCUUCCUUCUUAUGGCGGCAGUAACAGAUUUUAUGAUGGACAAAAUCAAAAACGUCAUAAAACUACUAAAAAACCACACAAUUCAUCAUUAGUUGAUAAUGACGAUUAUUAUGCUGAAGAUUCUGGUAAUACAACUUAUUCUUAUGAACAAUAUGAUGAGGAUGUGGUUGAUUAUGAAGACUCAUCUAAAAAAAAAUCUUCAAAAGACAAAAAAAAAAAAUUAACAAAAUCGGAAUAUAAUUACUAUGGUAAAGGAGACGAGUAUUCAAAUUCAAAUGGUGACGAUUAUUAUGAUGACAAUGGAAAAGAUGAUUAUGGAGAUGAUUCUUAUUAUGAUGAUGCAGAUGGAAAUAGUGAAGAUAAAGAAAAAGAUUAUGAUGAUGAUAGUUAUUAUGGUUCUAGUGAAAGUAAAGAAGAAAAAGAGUUUUUCAAAAAUUUGACAGAAGCUUUUGAAUCAAAUGCUCCUACAAUUGAACUUAUUGGAGGAAUUUUAUCUGUAGAUAAUUUAUUAAUUGUUAAAAGAGAUAAAAAAAAAAGUAGUAAAGACGGAAAAUCAACAACAAAGAAGAAAACUAAGACUAUUACUACUGAGCCAGUUACCGAUGAUUAUUAUGAAGAUCCCUAUAAUAAUAAUUAUCCACAGGAAAAUGAAUCUAAAGAAAGCGGAGGAAAUAGUAGUAAAGAUGAAAAAUCAAAAAAAUCCAGCAAAACAAAAAAAGAAAAAUCAGAAAAUGAAACUUCUAAAAACAAAAAAAAAGAAAAAUCAGAAAAUGAAACUUCUAAAAACAAAAAAAAAGAAAAUUCAGAAAAAAAUCAAAAUUCUAAAAAUUCUAAAUUAAAAAACACUUAUAAUUUAACAGCAAAUGAAAAAGCAUUUGUAAGACGACAAUAUUAUCAGUAUUGGGAUAAUCAGGUUAACAUGAAUAAAAGUAAAAAUUAUUAUUAUCAAAAUGGUAACGCUUAUAAAAAUCGAAAUGGUAAUGCUUAUAAAAAUCGAAAUGGUAGCGCUUAUAAUAAUCGAAAUGGUAGCGCUUAUAAUAAUCGAAAUGGUAGCGUUUAUUAUAAUCAAAAUGGUAGCGCUUAUUAUUAUCAAAAUGGUAAGGAUUAUUAUGAUCCUUAUGAUGAUUAUUAUUAUCUUCCUUCUUAUGGCGGCAGUAACAGAUUUUAUGAUGGACAAAAUCAAAAACGUCAUAAAACUACUAAAAAACCACACAAUUCAUCAUUAGUUGAUAAUGACGAUUAUUAUGCUGAAGAUUCUGGUAAUAAAACUUAUUCUUAUGAACAAUAUGAUGAGGAUGUGGUUGAUUAUGAAGACUCAUCUGAAAAAAAAUCUUCAAAAGACAAAAAAAAAAAAUUAACAAAAUCGGAAUAUAAUUACUAUGGUAAAGGAGACGAGUAUUCAAAUUCAAAUGGUUACGAUUAUUAUGAUGACAAUGGAAAAGAUGAUUAUGGAGCUGAUUCUUAUUAUGAUGAUGUAGAUGGAAAUAGUGAAGAUAAAGAAGAUGAUUAUGAUGAUGAUAGUUAUUAUGGUUCUAGUGAAAGUAAAGAAGAAAAAGAGUUUUUCAAACAAUUGAAAGAAAUUUUUGAAUCAAAUGCUUCUACAUUUAAACUUAUUGGAGGAGUUGUAUCUGCAGUAAUAACAUUUAAUAGCAUUGUUGCGUUGGUCCUUUUUGGUUAA